AUGGUCCAUCUCGCUAAAGUUAAGAAGGACAAUGAGGUCCUCCCCUCUGUUCGGGAAAUUGACUCCAUUCCUUCCUUGGAGACAAAUGACUACGACACCAAUGUCUACGGCAGUCACUUUGCCGCUGAUCAUAUGCCCCAGCAUGAAAUGCCAGAGGGAGAGAUGCCCCGCCAAGUUGCUGCUCGGAUGAUCAAGGAUGAGCUGAGUCUGGACGGUAAUCCCAAGCUCAACCUCGCCAGUUUCGUCACCACCUACAUGGAAGAGGAGAUCGAGGAGAUCAUGACCGAAGCCUUCAGCAAGAACUUCAUUGAUUACGAGGAAUAUCCUCACUCCGCCGAGAUCCAGAACCGAUGCGUGAAUAUGAUUGCUAGACUCUUCAACGUUCCCACUGAUUCCGACAGUGAGAAUGCUAUGGGUACUUCAACCAUUGGGUCUUCCGAGGCUAUUAUGCUGGGAACACUAGCUAUGAAGAAGCGAUGGCAGAACAAGCGCAAGGCGGAGGGCAAGGACUACUCGCGCCCUAACAUUGUUAUGAAUAGUGCUGUCCAGGUCUGCUGGGAAAAGGCUGCUCGUUAUUUCGAUAUCGAAGAGAAAUACGUCUUCUGCACCGACACUCGCUUUGUGAUCGACCCCAAAGAGGCAGUCAAUUUGGUGGAUGAGAACACAAUCGGUAUUUGCGCUAUCUUGGGUACCACCUACACCGGUGAAUACGAGGAUAUUAAAGCGAUCAACGAUCUACUAGUGGAGCGCAACAUUGACUGCCCAAUUCACGUUGAUGCGGCUAGUGGUGGCUUUGUCGCUCCAUUCAUUACCCCUGACCUUGAGUGGGACUUCCGCCUGGAAAAGGUGGUUUCCAUCAACGUCUCCGGUCACAAGUAUGGUCUGGUCUACCCCGGUGUCGGAUGGGUCAUCUGGCGCUCUCCUGAGUUUUUGCCCCAGGAAUUGGUGUUCAACAUCAACUACCUAGGAGCCGAUCAGGCCAGCUUUACUCUGAACUUCUCCAAGGGUGCUUCUCAUGUUAUUGGGCAGUACUACCAGCUGAUCCGCCUGGGUAAGCACGGCUACCGUGCAAUCAUGACCAACUUGACUCGUAUCAGCGACUACCUGUCUUCGGAGUUCGCAAAGAUGGGCAUGGUCAUCCUGAGCGAGACGCAUGGCCGGGGUCUGCCACUGGUGGCCUGGCGCCUUCCCACAAACAACGGUCGUGUCUACGAUGAAUUCGCUGUGGCCCACCAGCUACGUGAGCGGGGCUGGAUUGUGCCUGCCUACACCAUGGCGCCCCACAGCGAGAAGCUUCAGAUGAUGCGCAUUGUCAUCCGUGAAGACUUCAGCAUGAACCGAUGCGAUAGCUUGAUCCAGGACUUCAAGCUUGCUAUUGAGACUUUGGAUGCUAUGGACAAGUCUAUGAUUGCCAAGUAUAGGACACAUAUGCAAAACCACCGCAACCACCCUCGGCACCAGUCGCGUGCUCACCCUCACUACAUGGGCGAGAAACACUCGCUGCAGGGCAAGGAUGGCAAGACACAUGGACCCAACUUCCUCCACGCAGGCGACCAUGUCCACCUGGGCCCAGGCAUGUCAAGUGAGCGCCUCACAGACCCAGCUAUCAACCUGCAUGACCUCCCUCAGAUUGAUUUGGUCCUUCUCUCCCAUUACCACGAGGACCACUUUGAUAAAAAGGUCGAGGCUUCAUUGAGACGUGAUCUACCCAUUAUAACUACACCACAUGCAAAGAAGUAUCUCACUUCUAAGAAGCAGGACUCGUUUACAUCCGUAUCCGCGCUCGAUCCAUUUGAGCAGAUUGAGGUCAGCAUUGAAGGUACAGAUGGGCCAGGACCGCCCCAACUGCGUGUAACGGGGAUGCCAGGGAAGCAUGUGCCUCCUAAGCGAGUGGUCGAGAAACUCAACACGCUAGCCAAUGUGUUCCCGCCAACCAACGGCUGGAUGCUCGAGUUAGGUCAUGCCAGCACCAAUACUACAGACUUCUACUGUGGUUAUCGCAUCUACAUCUCAGGGGACACUUUGAUGUUUGACGAGCUCCGGGAAAUUCCAAAGCGAUACGCCGGCCAACAAAUUGACCUGAUGCUCGCCCACCUCGGCGGCACGACCACUCCUUCUCCUUUAGUAGGAAGACUAAUGGAACCGCUAGCGAUGACGGUUACUAUGGAUGCGGAGAAGGGCCUGCAAUUGACUCAGUUGAUCCAGCCAGACGUUACAAUUCCGACCCACUAUGAUGACUACGAUGAAUUUGCGAGUCCACUAGAGGAUUUCAGGCGGACGAUGGAGGUAGCGGGGUUAUUGGACAAGGUUGUGUUUCUAAAUCGCAGGGACCAGUAUUGCUUUCGAGUUAGGAGAUAG